CCACCAUGGCUGGACUUUCGCAGCAUGUCAAGCUCUACAUGAAAAUCAACGACAACCUGUCCGAGGAUGACGUCAGAAUUCUUAGAGCCACGCUGGUUACCGACGGGCAUCUUGGCCAAGCACGACUGGAAAAUGCGACGCCUCUAGACAUCUUCAACAUGCUAGAAGCAGAUGAUAAGAUCGGGACGGGGAACUUAGCUCUGCUCGGGGACCUAUUGAAAGGCCUCGGUAAGACAGAGUUGGCACAAGAAGCCGAGGAUGUGGCGAAAUGUGAACAAACAGAAGGGCCGUCAUGCGCUAUUGAUGACGUCAUCAGCUGCCUGAAAGACCUGUAUGGCAGAGAACACGCCAGUGUGCGGCCUCUUCCGUGGUGCGAAGAUUUCCACCUGCCUUUGGAACAACUCUACACCAACCUGCAACAUCUACAACAUCUGCAGGACGAUAGGAAGCUCUUCCAGGAAGUCAAUAUCGUAAGCUUAACAGAUAUUUACAAAACGAACGAAGCUAAAGCUAAGAAUGGAAGGCUGGGUGUUAGAAGGAUAAGAGUAGAGGGGGAUCCUGGUAUUGGGAAGUCGUGCUCUUGUCAGAAACUGGCUCUUGAUUGGGUCUCUGGGAAACUGGGUAUUUUCAAGGUCGUAUUCUUUCUGGAAAUUCGGCACAUGUCUGGAAAGGUUAAAGACGCCAUAUUUGAGCAGCUCCUAUCAGAGGAUACAAACAUGACCCCGGACCAGCUCUGGUCCUACAUCCAAGAGAACCAGGAUGAUGUUCUCUUCAUCCUGGACGGUCUAGAUGAGCUCAGUCAGAAAGCUAGGGAGAACACAGAUGUAAUGUCCUUGAUUCAGGGUAAAGUCCUCCGAAACUGUCAUGUCCUGGUGACUUCCAGGUCGUACCACUGUGAUAAAGAGCUGGCGAGAUGUGACGAGUUUUACAAAAUCCUCGCCUACAGCUCCGAGAACUCUGCUGAAUUCAUAAAGAAAUACUUCAGCCACAGUAUCGAAUCUGCAACAAAGCUAAUAGAACAGCUCACAUCCAACCCAAAUCUGUCGAGAUUAGUUGAAAACCCUCUCAACAGCGUGCUCAUGUGUAUUGUUUGGGAAGACAAUGAAGGAAAAUUACCUUCCAGUCAGGCUGAACUGUAUCAAAUGAUUGUAUGUUUAGUUGCCAAGCGUUACUGUGCAAGGAAAGACAUCCCCUUGGAAGGUGAUGAAAUUCCUUCAAACAUAGAAGAAGCAUUGAGAGGCUUGGGGAAACUGUACUGGGAAGGACUAGGGCAGAACCAGUUCCAGUUUAGGAUAGCCGAUAUCAGAGAGAAUUCUGAUGCGAAUGGCGAUGUCAUAUUGGACUUCGGUUUACUGACAAGAGAUAAGUCUGUGUCCAGAAUCAAACGCACCUUCUUCUUACAUAGGGCAUUUCAGGAAUACGUGGCUGCCUACUACAUCAGUGAGUUGGUCAAAAAUGAUGCAAAACGUGAAGAGGGGAGAGAAUAUCUUCGUAGCUUGUUUGGUAUGUCAGAAGCUACAGCAAGUUUUCUUGACAUGGAACUGAUGUCAAGAAACCGUCUCCGAUAUGGCGAAGUACAAAACUCUUUGCUUGCCUUCUUGGGUGUCAAUUCAGGCUCUCUGUUUGAAUUCUUUGCAGAGGAACUAGGCAUAGAUGAGUGUAAAGAGGAGGACAAGGAUCUUUUGUCGUUUGUCUGUAUCAUGUUGCUUGGUAGAGUCCGUGGAGAGGGUAGAAUGCAUAUGGCAGAGAUCGUGGCACCUUGUUUGUCUCAGCACAUAACUAACCAACUGGGGUUCUUUAUGGAUGAACGAUUCAGAGAUGAUCAUGCUCGGUGGAUUGACGGUUUGACACAAGUAAUAAAGUGUCAAAAUGCAAUGGCUAUAGACCAAGCUCCGAGGUUGAUACAGCAUCUCAGUAUUGAUACCACUAAUAUUCAAUCGUUUGCCUUGCAACAGCAGCAAAUUGUUGCGUUAGAGGAUGCAUUAUCAGAUUGUACUACAAUUGCUUUUGUGACAUUACGGAGCAGAAAUGAACUCAUGAGGGCCACACACAAGUUCUCCCCAGUUCGUGCAUUCAUCCCCCAACGUGGGACUGAAAGUGUUCACAUAGAUUUCAGAUUAUUUCUAGACAUGGACAACAUGUUGUCGGAAUUGUCAGCACUAGAAAAUCUGCAACAUGUCACUAUCGACAUAGGGAGUGUCAUAGACGCCGCAGGCUACUCACAACUCAGCCCAAGGUUGGCUGAUUUAGUUAUGAAGCAGAGUUGUCUCAGAUCUCUAAAGGUGAAGAUAGUUGACUGGCUUUGUCAUUAUUCACAUGGGUCAAGAGGGAUCGACAGUAAAGGGAAAUUCCUACUAAGUAUCUCUGAGCAUAAAACGCUCGAGGUAGUGGAGGUACAAGAUGCUAGAAAACACGUGUUGUUUCAGACGCUAGGAAGCAUCAAGGCCUGAGACCUUUUAUAUCGAUGCAUGGGUAGACAAACUGGCGGAAUGUAUAACUAAGAACAAAGUGCUUAGAAGACUAAAGCUUAGCUGGAUGCCCACGUACCAAAUGCAGAAUAAUCCGGACUAUCAGUCCCCAAUAUACAGGGGGAUCUGUAGCCGCCAGUCCCUUUCUAAUCUUUGUUUAGCUAUUCGUGGGAACAGAACAUUGGAGACAUUGGCUAUCGAUAUAAUGUUCUCAAGAGCAGAGGAUCAUCAGGACAUACAUGUAAUCUACCAGCUAAUGCGAAU